CAUGAUUGUUUCCCAUAUGGCUUAACGCAGCCAGGCUGGAUUUUUUAUCGUGUUUCGCGUCGGAUUGUUGUUAUUUUACCAGCCUGCAACUCCAACACGAUCCUUCAAGAUGCAGGCCCUCCACAAAGACACGAAAGAUGCGGCGUUGACUGCUGUAUCUAAGAAACCGAUAAGCCCUCCUCUCCAGAAAACAACCAGUUCAUGGACACAUUUAAUAGCCGGAGCGUGCGCAGCCCCUUCACCCUCUCGAUUUUUAUGGACUGGCAUGUAUUAACUCCACCUUAUAGCGCUGGCGGCAUGGCAACCGCCCUUCUCACAUCCCCCCUUGACGUACUCCGAACACGACUCCAAUCAGACUUCUACCGAUCCCAACUCAAGACAGCCGCUCCUGCACAUCAUGCAAACAUUUCCAUAGCCCGCUCCUUUCUCCUGCAUUUCCGCGAAACAUUUGAUAUUCUCUUCUCCAUUCACAGAGUUGAAGGCUGGCGCAGUCUAUUCCGCGGCCUCGGGCCCAGUCUUACCGGUGUUGUGCCAGCAACAGCAAUAAAGUUCUAUGCCUACGGAAACUGCAAGCGACUUUAUCCGGAGCUUCUAGGAUGCGACCCAAACACCACAUCCAUCCAUGCGCUUUCCGCCGCCACAGCGGGUGUUGUAACGGGUACGGCGACGAAUCCGAUCUGGUUGGUGAAGACGCGACUUCAGCUCGAUAAAUCACAGGUACAGGCCGAUGGGUCCAUCCGUCCUCCACAGUACAGGAACAGUCUCGACUGUGUCAAACAGGUUAUCCAGCAGGAAGGUGUGCGCGGUCUGUAUCGCGGGUUGAUGGCUAGUUAUUUGGGUGUGAUAGAAACCACAUUGCAUUUGGCUGCGUACGAGAGAAUCAAGUUUAUGGUUGCGCAACACCCUCAGCUCGAAGGGAAGGCUCAGUCGAAUGAGGUUUCACAGGGUUUGAUUCUGGGUGGCGCAGCGGGUCUUUCUAAACUGAUUGCGGUGUUGAUCGCAUACCCUCACGAGGUCCUGAGAACGAGAUUACGACAGGCCCCAAUGGCUGACGGUCGUCAGAAAUACACUGGUGUGAUCCAGUGCCUCCGACUGAUGGUGAAGGAAGAAGGUGUGGCAGCGUUGUAUGGUGGUUUGACAGCACAUAUGAUCCGCACAGUUCCCUCUGCUGCGAUCACGCUGGGAACAUAUGAGCUGGUGCUCAAGCUGCUGAACGGCCACCCAUAAAGAAAUUUAUUUUUCAACGGCUCGCGCGUGGGCCAAAUUGUAUAUUAUUAUUAUUAUUAUUAUUAUUAUUAUGACUUGUAAAAUAUCAUGUAAUAUAGAAGAGAAAUAUUAGAUGGCUGGGAAUAAUGGAUAC